GCUUCAUGGCCUUUCAUUUUUUCUUAAAUUCAAAUUUUAAUAUGCAGAUCAGAUUAUUGAUAAGGAUCUCCUUUCCUCUCAAACUUAUUUUAAAAAUAGAAACAGUUUACAAAUAGUUAUUUUUCGUUCGAAUGACGUUUAAACGUUUUCUCAAGAAUCCAUAUUUUCAAAACUUUUAGGAUAAAUAUGUAUUCGUAUGAAAGGCCUUUUAAUCCCUGGUAAAUUGAAACUAAAUUAAAUCGGUUAUAGCACUAAAACAAAUUAUGAUCCAAUUAUUAAUUUUUAUCCGCAAUUCAAUUAUAUUACGUCCACGUUAUUUCGCUUUUGAGACAAUCUAUGAAUUAGUUAAAAUCAAUUGUAGACUAGUUAAUAUUAAAAAAAAAAGACAAAAUACUUUACCUUAUUCUACUACGAUACCUUAUUUAUUUAUUUAAUAAUUCGAAACAAAUUUUUGGGGGCAUAGCACGAGUUUGAGUACUUCUCAAAGCUGGGACGCUUUGCUACAAUUUUUACUAUUAUUGUGUUUCAGACCAGUGACAAGUUAAAAAUAAAGAUAUCUCUCAAAUGUUACUCAAAAAUCUACACACACGCUUUUCGAGUGAAUGGAAAUAGAUGUUCAUCAAAAUGUGAGGGAUAAGUCGCGUUACGUCGAUCGUUAUAGCGUUAUGUGGUGAUUCUUUAAUGGACAUUGACCACUAAUAUUGGCCCACAAAGUGUUGAAAUUUAAUUAAAUUUACAACAUAAUUAAUUUAAGGGUGAAUGUGUACAUGAUACCAUGCAAUUAGUGCUUUUAUAUGGUUAUUUUUGACACAUUUUACUUUGCUUUUUUUCAAAUCUUGCCAUUUAAUGCAUGCUUGUUGUUUUUUCGGUGUGCUUGAAAAAAAACACCACUUAGUGUUCAAUAAAACUCUUUUGCAAAAAUUCAUUUAUCGGGAGAGUGUUUCCUUGUUGAUGUGCCAUUGGGUUUGGCUCUUUAAGAGGUUUCGUGCUCGAAGGAACCAGAAGAAUGUGACUUUGAAAAUUUGUCGAAACAUAACAACACUUUUCCACCAUUACUUUUCAUGUUUGUAACUUAUUUGCUGUUGUCCUUCGAUAUAGUUUUAGACAACAGACAAGGAGACAAAAGUAUAAUUCCAUUAAGUUAAUUAGGUCAGUAUACAAGUGUGGUCGAAAAAAUAAUUAAGAACAGCUAGACAAAAUAUAUUAGGCAAUUUUCACAUUUUAAAUGAGCUUACUAAAGUGAUAUAAAUCAAGGGGUGUACAACUCAAUUCAAUUUUGUAAUUUUUCAACAUAUAUCAGAAAAAAACGUCUGAAACAAUGAAGGAGAGAUUUUCGGUAUUUCCGAACAGUAGGGGAAUUCUGUAACAGUAUGACAAUGUCAUAUGACAAAUUUAAAAAUUUUUAUGUGGUUAAUUCAGAAAAUUUAAUUGAAAAUCACAUUCAUAUCAGUUACUAAAAGCUUCAUGCAAAUGCUAUUCUAUGCUCACUGAGCUUCAAUGUUGUACUGCUCCCGAAUUUUAACACGAAAAUUUGUCAUAUGACAUUGUCAUAUCGCUACAGAAUUCCCCUACGGGUGUAAAAUAUGUUGCACCAUAUUAUAAAAAGAAUAUCGUAAAUUGUAAAUGAAUAAAAAUGGUGUAGUGUCCUUGAAAAACUUAGGACUUAAGCCGAGAGACUACGGCUUAAUGGUUUAACCAUUAUUUCGAAAAUAAUCACGUUAAGCCGUCUCUCGGCUAAUCCUCAAGUCUGUCAAAGCCCUAAUAUUCUUGGAAAAGAGAAAAUUAAGGAAUUGUGAACUAUGGCGUUCUCGAUUUGAGUCAUUACUGAUCAAUACACCGAUUUACUGACGAGUCUCCUAGCAGUAGGGUGGAGUAACCACUUUUCGCCAGUUUUAGGAAAAAGUGAAAUUAACUUUAUUAUAACUUUUACCCCCUCAUUUAUAAGAUAACUCAAAUUUGACACAAAGUUACUUAGAUAUUGGCUCUAGAUUCGUAAUAACAAUAGUCCUCUAAUUAAACGCUGAUGGACUAUAUAAAAGACAGAUUUUUAAUAACAAAUCAAAAAUAACUACUUCGUCGCCACUUUUUACCACUUUUCGUCAGUUUUGUAACCACUUCUCGCCACCCACUUGAAUAUGUCCAAACUCGAUUAUUUUAGGCAAUAUUAUGAAAGUAAUAUAUCCAGCAUUUGUUUUACCUCAUGAUUACCUUAUUAUUACUCACUUUAAAUUUUUUUUCACUUUUAUUUGAGAAAUAAAAUUACUAGACUACUGCAGAAAGUAAACAAAGCAGAUUUGAAAACUGACCGCGGUGUCACAUAUAAGAUUAAUAUUAAUAUUAAGAAAAGCCGGAGAGAGAGGUAUACAGUAUGCAAAAUUUCAAAUGGAAUAUUACGUGUGUUAGAAAGAGUACACUCUAGUGGAGUAAUAUGAUGAAUAAGAUAUUACUGUUCGUAUUAAUUGUUUUCUGAAUCGUAUUACAGGCAAUUCGAGCAAUUUUCCAUGCGUGCCAACUGUGAUUCGGUUAGUUUUCCAGCGAAACACAAGAGAGAGGCAAGAUAAAACACUUGCUAUCCUUUGUUGGUAUUCUCGCAGUUCAGAAAGUAUUAAUCUUAAUAUUAAUCUUAUAUGUGACAUGAUCAUGACAAUCUAUGAAGUGAAGUUAGCGUCGCCUAUUGAAAAGCAAUGGCGACAGGCGGUAAAUCAAUAUCAGAAUAUUACCAUUUUCCGCCAUGGCUCAUUUCUACAUAAAAAUAAUAUUAAAUGAAAUAUUAACUAAUUAAAUACAAAUUUUGUAUAUUCGUCGAAUGUAAUUAAAUGUUCAAUAGACAAAUUAUUUAUCCAAAAACGUAAAUUUUGUUCGAUAAAAGUUUCAUGACACUUGGCUUAUUUGGUAAGAAAUAUUGGAUUCCAUGCACUUGAUUAAAAUAUUGCUCUAAAAAAUUCUCAAACACUUAAAUUCAAAACAAAAAAUUAGUAUUUUUCGUCUCUAUAAGUAACAACAGUAGAAAUAAAAAUAAUUUAUUUAAUAAAUAAUAAGUGGUAAAAAGUGGGACACUACUGGCGUGAAGUGAUGAUUCCACCCUAUAGAAGUAUUUAGAUGUUUGUAGCUAGUUAUUUAUAAAAGAAAUUAAUUUUCUUUUGUAUCAUAUAUGACCAAUUCUUAAAUAAAGGAUUUAACCUUUCAAAUAAAAAAAUUCUUCUUAACAUCAAAUCAAAUAAAAGUCACAAAUUUUAUGUAUUGAAAAAUAAAUAUAUAAACGGGAAAUGGAGUUCUAGAUCCCUUGCCAUAAAAUCUAUCCAAUUGAAAAAUGAGAAAGGACGAAUGUAAAGUAAAAACAAAAAUGUUUUUCUGAUCAAUAAAUAAUGUUACUAUCCAUGGAUUUUCUUGUCUUUAACCGUGAAUUGAAGUCCAUUUCAAUUUGUGUCUUCAUUCAUAUUUCUGGGAAUUGUAGUCUAAAUGUAGAACCUUUGAUCGUGAUGUGUAAGAUAUUCCGUUUUCUUUCACAGAAUUAACUAUAAAGGUGUGACCAGACUUUCCAAUAAAUUUAUUAUAAUGAAUGUGAAGAUACAUUUUUGCCCAAAAGCAGAGCAUAACUAGGGAAAAUGAAAGCCAGAAAAAAAAAAGAAAUAUAUGAAUAGGAAAUUUUACUGAAAAAAAAACCUACGCAUUCUACCUCCCAGUCACACUUCAUUGAACAUUCUCAAAACGUAUAAUUUUAUUAAUUCCCACCUCCACAUUUUCACCAUCAUUGACUCAUUGUGGAUCUUACACCAUUGAUAAAAAUGAUUCUUUUUCAUCACGAAAAUGUCCGGGCACAAAUUCUCAAACUGCUACAAUACAUCGUGACAAACUUUUCAAAUUUAUCAUCUAACUUCUUAAGCAACUUCUCACUUUUCACUGGAACGUCUUUUAACACAGUUGGAGUAAAUGGAGUUUUCACCAUUAAUUCAUGAUUCAAAUGUCACAACGAUGUGAAAUAAUUUAUAGACAAAUAAACAAUUAAUUUUAUUCAUCUAGACAUAAUUUAAAUUAGUUAGUUACCAAACACUUUAUCACAUCUCUACACACAAAUCAUACAAAAUUUAUAGUGAUAGUGCUCAAAGUUUGAGGAACACUGAAGAAACAUCAGUUUACUAGAGAAUCUCUUCUAUUUCAUGUUCCGGAUUAUUAUUUUUCACUUCCAUGGCACAAGUGUUGCGUGUGUGUUUUCUUUUUUUUUCUUUUGAUUGACAAACGUGUACGAGGAUGGUCUAACAUUCUUGCCUCAGCUUCUUCUUCGCAUCUGUUUCCUCUUUAACCAUUUAUAGUAAUUGUUUUUGCUCCUUGCUGUGUGAGAGAUUUUUUUUAAAAUCUUUUUCGAUCUGCUCUGCAUGCACUUCAACCCUCAAUAUUGAUAAUGAAAAGAUAUAAGGUGUAGCAAUAAAUAGUCUAAAUCAUUGAUGUUGGUGAUCUUUACAGAAGGGGAGACACUUCAGUCAUCGGCACAACAACCAACGCUCGCAGUCCCUAAACCGAGGGCCUGUCCUUUCCAGGGCGGACGUUGGAGGAAUGUGGUGACACCAAGGAGCCUCAGGAGGACAGGUGGGCUGUGCCAGUUGCGCGAUGGGAAACAAAUUAAGCUGCUCGUGUGCUCCUCUUAUGCGCAAAGCCUAUCGCUAUGAAGAUUCACCGUGGCAGACGUCUCGACGACGAGAUGGUCAUCUCCUGAGGUUAUGGGCCGAAGUGUUUCAUGUGUCUGCGAGUGGAGCAGGAGCUGUGAAGUGGCAACAAGUCUCCGAAGAUCUCGUUCCUGUUAACAUCACCUGCAUCCAAGAUACUCCAGAAUGUGUGUUCCACAUCACGGCGUACAACAGCCAAGUGGACAAAAUACUCGAUGUUCGACUUGUCCAACCAGGUACUCGAAUUGGACAGGCGUCCGAGUGUUUUGUGUACUGGAAGGAUCCAAUGACGAAUGACACAUGGGGACUUAAUUUUACAUCCCCUAUUGAUGCUAAACAAUUCCGCGAAUGUUGCUCGCCUUCUUUCAAAUUUUCACGAAAGGCCUCAUCGAGUUACUCCCUGAAGCUCGACCCGCCAGGAAAAGGGAAGAUCAAGGCUAAGAGGAAACCGCUCAGUACACCAGCAAGUCCAUCACGCAUCAGAGAGCCACAAUGUACGUGCAUGACGGCCGAACAGUACGCCAGGCUACGCUCUCAAGAUCCAAGAUAUCGAGCAUCGUCAACCCUUCCCAGAGCAACGACUCGCAGCACUGAAACUGACACUGUGAGGGGUGAUAAGGUGGCAGCUGCCACUUCAAGUACCUCACUCUACGAUAAUGUGACGACAAGUAGCCAAGGCAUCGGUACUCAGAACACAGGGCAAGAGACACUAAAUCGCCAAACAAAGACUCAAGAAACCAAUACAAUGACAAUCACAACAUCAGUUGGUACGCAGAAUCAUCAUAUCGGGUCACAAGCUGGACAGCAGGACUCAGGUACACAAAUGGGUAAGGGUCCCGAGGAGACUUCCAAGUCUGAAGGCACCCAAGCUGGUGGGACACUUCAGCAGACCUCUGCACCAAAGACCAUCUCCACGGGAACGGGUACACGCACAAAGGAUUUCGAAGAUACAGGUCGCGAUGCUCAUGAAAUGCAUCACAAUGUGCUCAACAACAACACCCGUCGCAGCAAGUCCAAGAGCACCGAGGACAUGAACGUAGAUUCUAGCACGUUAAAGCGUAUGUUGAAGCCUAUGACCAGUACUGACAGCCCUGUGACGUCACCAGAGAUGGGAAGAAAGCGAUACAAUUACUACAACAGCGCUACAACAAUGCCGCAUAUGCAUCAACACGCUAUCCAUGCGGCCCACAUUAUGAACAACAACACUAUGAGUCGGGCCCAAGCACAGCGAUUCUCUAACAGUCGCUCUUCUCAUGAAAUUGGUCGAGGAUACCCACAAAGGGGCUUAUACUUGGAGCUGGAACAAAGAGAACGAGGGUGUAUGGAAGGCUCACCACCAUCGGACAAUGUGAUCUUUGACAACCAGUGCUAUGCAACAACGCCAAGCUCGAGUAAUGGCAACUCAGACCAAGAUCAGCCUUGCGGUGGUCGAGGACCUGGACGUCACUCACAUCAUCAUCAGAACCAGACUAAUGUGACCCCAACUCCGGGCUCGCCGACCUCGAGACUUCUAUUAGAGUAUGAAAUGCACUUGAGGAAUACCCUGGCCAAAGGCAUGGACGCUGAAUCGUACAGUCUGCACACAUUUGAGGCUCUCUUAUCGCAAAGCAUGGAGAAUUUAGAAUUGGCUGAGAGCUUGCCAGGAUCCACUCAGAGAAGUCCAUAUCCGACCCGGAAACGUUCUGCCAGUGCUAAAUCAUCCACUCUGCCUCUUGGACGACCCAUGAGUGCUCGAGAAAAGGAUCGGGAUGGAUAUUACAGUGACAGGAAUGAGCUGACACGUGAAAGGGAGCGAGAACGCGAGAGAGGAUACUUGAGUGAUCACAAUUCGAGCUAUGCCCAACAAAGAUGUGCUUCCUGCAUUGGAGAGAGUUCUAGAGCUCACUGGUUUAGACAUUCAGAUGGUUGGAGGUCUGGAAGUUCAACUCUGGGUUCUGGUUCAGGUCAGGGUCUGGUAUCCAAUCAAAUGGGUUCUGGUCACAAGCGUUCCCCAUGGGAUUCAUUGCCAUCAUUGAGACAAGAUAACAGCAUGAAUGACUCUGGUUACAAGAGCGCCAGGGGUGACUCCCUAGAGCAGAGGGGUGUUUUCGAUCGACAAGAUAGUCUCCGUUCGGAUUAUCUGAGUGACCGUGACUCUCGCUAUGGAAUAGUUCAGCAAGCAUCCAUCGAUAGCACCGAUUCUCGCCUCUGCUACUUGACAUCCUCUGAGAUUUCCGAUGAUGAUCGCAUGAGUCUCACAACUGCUGUCUCAGAUGAAGAUGAUGGUGAAAGUGUAAUGGCAUCGCCGUACAAAGCUAAGGCCACAGGAACUGCAGCAGCAUCAUUCAACUGUACAGGAGCUGUUAGGAAGGCUGGAUUCCUUUCCGUGAAGAAAUGGCUCUUGAGGAAGAAGCAUCAGAUUGAAUUGGCACGUAAAAGAGGAUGGAAAGGGUAUUGGGUAUGCCUGAAGGGAACAACACUACUCUUUUAUCCUUGCGAUUCACGCGAAGGACGCUCCGUAGAGGCUGCUCCCAAGCACCUCAUCAUCGUAGAUGGGGCAAUCAUGCAGCCUAUCCCUGAGCAUCCAAAGCGAGAUUAUAUCUUCUGCCUGAGCACAGCGUUUGGAGACGCCUAUCUGUUUCAGGCUCCGUGUCAGGUGGAGCUUGAAAAUUGGGUGAAUAGCAUACAUAGUGCGUGUGCAGCAGCAUUUGCGAGGCAUAGAGGAAAGACUGGUACUCUCCAUUUACUGCAAGAAGAGAUAUUUCGUCUCGAGAAGGCUAUUGAAUCGGAUCACAAAUUAAAGCAUAUGGCAGAACUGCAACAGAGUGUUGUUACGGAUCAGGACACACGCCAUCAGAUCCAGUCGCAGAUAUUGCAGUGGGAGGAGAAUCUGGAACGUCUGCAUUGUGAGCAAUUUCGCCUGAGGUGCUACAUGGCUUCCCUGCAGAGUGGUGAGCUUCCCAAUCCAAAGUCUCUUUUGACUCAUGUGUCACGACCAACGAAGAAUACAUUGAACAAGCUGGGCGUCUUUACGGUAUCAUCCUUCCACGCUUUUAUCUGUGCUCGUUCUCCGUCACUGCUCAAUAAUUUGUUGGCCGGAAGGGGAGCCACGAAACGCAGGGCUCCGCUUCUAUCUCGCUCAAAUAGCAGUUCCAGCCGACGUUCAAUGCAGAUGGGGUCACGCGAUGAUCCGGAUAAAACGUACAAAAUCUCAUUACCGGACAACAAUCACACCACGGUCCAUCUGAGAGAUGCCAUGUCUGUGGAAGAGUUUCUGGCCAGUGCAUGUGCAAGGAAGAGUCUCAAUCCCAUGGAACAUUUUAUACGGGUGAAAAAGCGACGAGAUAUGGAGGAUCAUAACUACUUUGUGCCUCAUAGAAACGACCUAAUUGACACUUAUCUCCAUACACACGAGGUGGUGGAAGUAUGUGCCAAAAUUUUAUACCAAGUAGAAUUGCAGAGGACGACCCUGGAACAGAUGUGGGGCUUCUCAGUGGAAGCGGAACUCAUUGAGAAUGCCGAUCGACAGGACGAAUUGUGCUGUUAUGUGAGCCGUGUCGAGGAAAAGAGUGUUGCAAUGCAAAAUGGAUUGAUAAAGGGUGACGAGAUAAUGGUUAUCAAUGGGGCUAUCGUGUCGGAUUUGGACAUGAUGUACCUCGAGAGUGUUCUGCAGGAGGAACAAGCGCUUUGCAUGAUGAUGAGAUCUUCGAGGACAGAGCCACCAGAUUUGGCAGGAAUAAUGCGCGUCACUGACGACAUGAUUGACUCCCUCGUAUGUCCUCCACCACCCUCGGAUCCACCCAUCAUGAGUGAGGAAAUGAUUUCCGGGCUGAUUGUUCCAGCUCCUGGCUGGAAGCCCGAAUAUACAACGUCGUCAGGAAUGGACGCUCAAUCUGGCGGACAGAAGCAGUUGCGAAAUAACAGCUUCGAGAUAGAGAAUCUACUUAAAACGGCUGAACAAAUUACGGGCUUCUGUCGUUCACCCCAGGAGACGAGAAAAUCGAGUCCAACGGGAUCAGUUUCCUCUUCAAUUGCCGGGCUGGCGCCAUCCAGGCAGCUGAGCGAUGCGGAAAAAUUGAGAAAAGUGAUACUAGAACUAGUCGAUACGGAAAAGACUUAUGUUAAGCAUUUAAAUAAUUUACUCGAAUACUAUUUGGAGCCACUGAAGCGUGAAACAUUCCUCUCCAAUGCUGAAAUUGCUGCAUUGUUUGGGAAUAUUCAGGAAAUUGUUGCAUUUCAGCGUCAAUUUCUGCAAAAUCUGGAAGAAGCUCUGGAACUUGAGCCAGAUUUUCACAAAUUCGAUCUACCAUGUCAGUUUAAGAAUGUUCUCUUUUCAAUUGGUUCAGCUUUUCUCUACUACGUUAAUCAUUUCAAAUUAUACUCUUCAUUCUGCGCUAGUCACAGCAAGGCUCAAAAAGUACUGCAUCCCAAUGAGGGAAAUCAGGCACUCCAGGAAUUCCUGGCUGCCCGUAAUCCCAAGCAACAGCAUAGCAGUACGCUAGAGUCCUUCUUGAUUAAACCCAUUCAGAGAAUCCUUAAGUAUCCCCUUCUGUUGCAGCAACUACGAAAUUUAUCUGAUCCAAAUGCGGAGGAACAUUUACAUUUAGUUGAGGCACUAAAGGGUAUGGAGAAAGUGGCUGAGCAUAUAAAUGAAAUGCAACGAAUUCAUGAAGAGUAUGGCGCAAUCUUUGAUCAUUUGUUCCGGCAGCACCAGAAAUCCUGCAAACAACCGAUCGACCUAAGUCCAGGUGAUUUGCUGUACUACGGAGGCGUGGAGUGGCUCAACAUAUCGGACUUCCUGGGGAAGAUUAAGAAGGGCCUGGAGCUACAUGCAAUGUGCUUCGUAUUCAAGUCUGCCGUGGUAUUUUUGUGCAAGGAGCGUCUGCGUCAGAAGAAGAAGCUUAUGGGUGUAUCCAGCAAGAAUGCCCCGAAUGAAGUGGAGAUUAUUCGGUAUCAGGUCCUCAUACCAGUUACAGAAGUACAGGUGCGAGCCUCAUCAGCGAAAGAUAUGGACUCGCACUUUCUCUGGGAGCUUAUUCAUCUCAGGUCGCAACUACAGAGACGUUCCGAAAAAGUCUAUGUGCUCUCGAAUAGCACUGCUGACUUUAGGAAUGCUUUUCUGAAAACCAUUCGUCAAAUUAUUAGGGAGAGUGUGCGAAAUAUGUCAAUACCUAUGAAAGGUCUAGGCAGUCUCACAUCCGUUGCGGGUCUGUCAGGUCAUUCUGCUGGAGGAAGUUCGCAAACGCUUGAAAGACCAAAGCAAACUAUUACCAUAAUUCAAGGAUCACAGACAUUGGGCAAAAUGAAGAAAUCCAAAACUUCCCAACGUCAUUCUGCUGGUAACUUGGACUAUGACAAUCUUAUGAGCAGUCAGGAUUGUGAUGACAUUCCGCAGCCACAGACAACUUUCCGGAGUCGAAGUAAAACUGUGGGAGACUCUGCUGAUCCACCUCCAGUUCCUAAGCGUACCACCAGCGAGUUAGACCGACAUGAUCCUGGCAUCAAAAGUGAAGGAGAAGAUGACUCCCAGCAUGGAACAGUUAAAGGGAAAGCGACCCUAGGACGAACACCCAACCACCUCACGCUGAGCACGACAUCGACCCUGUCGGUGGGCAGUACAGGUAGUCAGGCCCGCCUGAUCCAGUCUUCACAUGCACCAUCAACGUAUCAGCCGGUGCUCAUGAAGGAUCUAGGUAAGAAGGGCGCAACAUCGCCUAGCAAAGAGAUAGAUAUUAUUGAGUUGUUCCCCGAACCGAAUGGGGAACACAAAAUGGUAGAUAAGCACUUGAGCGGUCUCGAGAUAGACAGUUUCGAUACAGGGGAAACGUGUGACAUUGCAAAAUAUAUGGCUAAUCUCAAAGAAGUCCAUCUUGAAUGUUCUCAAGAUGAUGCUUCAUCCAAGCAACAAAGUGAAGCGGGAGCAUUGAAGAAAGGUACAUCAGAGGAGAGUGAUACCCCAAAAGAAAGUACUGAAGAUGAAGGUCCCAAAGUGUCAAGCACGGGCACGACAAAAAAGAAAAGUAAUAGCACCAGUGGCUCCCAAAAGGCACCCGUAGAGCGUAAGAAGUCUAACGAGGGUACACCCAAGACAAUCUUGAGACCUUCCAGGCACGAUCUUCAGUGUCCGCCAGAUAAGUCUAAAUCCACAGGAAGCAGUCCUGUAAAGAUAAUCAAAAUUAAGUCUCCGCGAUCGUCUCGUAGUCCCCCGAUGAAGAGAAGUUUGAGUCGGGAUAGUUCAAGCAUAGAACUUAGCCCUAGACCUGAAGGUGGUGGAAUUCUUAAGCGAUCACACAGUUCUAAGGCCGUUACAAGUGGUGAUUCUACACCAAAAUCAUCUUCCAUUCUCAAGAGAUCACUCAGUCCUAAAGAUCUACGAGCAUUAGAUGGUCUUCCAUGUAAAAGCCUGAGUCCAGGAAGUAGCUUUGAUAAUCGCUCUCCAGACCGAUCAAGUCCCCAUUUGCCCGAUGCCCCAUAUCCUAGAGCUGUUUUUGAUCGUUACUACUCCUCUGAAUCUGAUCGUGAGUAUGCCAAUCAGAGAAGUCGCGAAAUUGAACGUCAAUCGCGAAUACUAGCUAAAAAGCGAAGCACGUCUCGCUCUCCUGAAUCAAGAUCGCCAGAAUACUAUAAGCAGCGUAUGCGAAGUUUGAGUGAAUCUGCGUCUGUUCGCACAAGCUUCGAUUCUGUGGAGUAUGAUCCUAUGUAUGAUGGCCGAAGUCUGAGUGCAUCAGCAUCCAUGGCGAAUAGCUUCGAAAUGCCGUAUUACGACUACGGCUGCCACAGUUUUGACUGUUACAAGUCACGUCAAAAUCAACCGAUCAUCGUUUCCGCACCGACUCGAUACGAAAGAUCUCCUGAACGUUAUGCUGAUGAUUACCUAAUCUACCGUGGCAAAUCUAGUCCCCGGCUCAAAAACUCUAAUGAAUCUCUCACACGCGCGAUUAGACAUCCUACAUGCGUUGACUGCCUUCUACAGAGCCGACGUAUUUCCUAGCAUAAGUCCCGCGUGCGUCAGAGUCGCACGCGGAAAAAGAUCACACGUAGCAAGUCCGCCUCUCCAGGUGGUUCCUUUGAACGCGAUGGUGUCUGCAUCGAUUGCAAUGACGCCUACGAAAUUCACGUGUAACUGAGUACCUCUUCGGCAGUCUCCAAACCAAACUCACGUAUUAUAGCUCUUACACUAAUAAUAAUUUAUAAUUAUAGUAAUGCAAUCAAUGGACUAAGCCAUUAUUCCUUAUUUCUCAAAAUGUUGAUGGAAUAGCAUUAUUUUAGACGUAGGUUUAAGACGUAAACGUAGUUUUUUUUUUAAUAGUUUUGUCAGGGAUAAACAAAUUCUAUAGUUUACAAGAAUUGCAAUAAGCCGAUCUUGUAAUCUGGUCGAUGCAAUCAGACGAUCAGGCUGUCAAAGCGAUGCAAUGAACUGAUCAGAUUGCCUGGUCGAUAUGAUCAUCUGAUCAGGUUUUCUGAUCGACUCUAUCAGCUGAUUACCUGAUUGACAUGAUCAACUGGUCUGGUUACCUGUUUGAUGCGAUAAGCUGAUCAUGUUAUCAGAUCGGCGAGAUCAUCCCAUGAUAUUACCUGAUCGACAUGAUCAGUCAAUCAAGUCGAUCAAUUGAUUACCUGAUCGUCAGAGUCAACCGGUAAAUUUACCUGAUCGAAGUGUUCAGCCAUGCAUCGCAUCAUCAUAAUCAAAUGAUCACUUUCUAAGGACGAUCAACUUACAGUUCAUCAAGCUAACUGUGUUUGUUUACCCCUUGUUUUAUUAGCUGAGUUCCAUUAAAAAAAAAUUGAAACUACGCUUGUGAUUACGGUUACGAUUGGAUUUUGCUCACUUUCCUUCAAAUAUAAAAAAAAAUACUUACAAUCCUUAUAGUGCCAAAUAAUUUCCAAAGAGACCGUUAAUGUAAUAUUUGUUAGGGUAUAUCGUUAGUUAGAUCAGUAGUAGCAGUAGUAGUAUCACCUUAGGAGAGAGUAGUUUAUGAUUUGGCACGUAACGAAAUGAUACAAAAAUCUGGUUUCAAAGUAAUAAUUGAAUCAUGGAAUUCUCAAAGCAAUUUUUAACAAUUUUGGCUGAGAUUUUUAAGUACAUCUUACGAGUUAAUUUGUAUUUUAGUAUCAGCCACAUGUAAUUUAAUAUUGUAAUCCCGUAAAAUAUUCUAGUUUCUUCAUUGUUUGACUGGCUAGAGCUAGAGCCUGAAUGCAAUUAAAACAUUCUAUCCAAUCAGAAAAAGUUAGUUAGAUAGAAAAUGUUGACUUGUGGGGGGGUCACCGAAGACCGGAAGUCAAUAUCUCUUACCGUUUGGCAGCUAGGAUGGAGAGAACUUGAAAAAAAAAACACGAUUGUUAAAACUGAUCUCUCUUGGAGUUCGAGCAGUUAAAAUGAUGAGGUUAAAAAAUUUUACAAAAUUAAAAUAUUAUAUAUUUCAUGUGGAUAGUAGUGCUUUAUAAAUUUUAAUCUAAUAUAAACAUCAACAAUUUGAGAUAUUUGGGAUGCACUACCUUCUCUUGUUGUUUCACUUUGACACAGAAAAGAAUGAAAAAAAACCUUCUUACGAGUUACAAAGAAAUGUCUUCUCUUAUACAAUAAAAAAAGAAA